AUGGCUUUUCCAUUUUACGUUUCUCAGAAAAGUGAAAUAAAGAAGUAUGGAAACAAAAAACCAACACCAGCAUACUUCCCUACUUCGAAGGAUUCCAUACUGUUACCUAACUUUCAAUUUUAUGAUUCGGUGCAAAGGGCCGAGCGCUCUUUAAAGGACACUUAUCAUGUGCAGGAAAGGUCUGGAAAAGCAUGGAAAGCUUCAAAAGGGUCUAUCGUUCGAAUUUCCACUCCGGAGGGUCCACAAGUUUGCGAUUUCAAUUGCUGGGAAGCCAAUUCAGAAUUUAGGGAGCAUAUGUGGGCCUCGCGAACGAGACAACUACAUUCGGCCCACGUUUCGGUAUACGACAAGUUAUGGUCUAAUUUGCCUUAUCUACGGCCGCUUCUUACUAUUAUUGGCGAUACACUUUCAGAAUAUGGACCAAAUGAGAAUGGAGGUCGAGUUCACGACCUGCUAGGAACGCGAUGCGACCCUUACGUCGAUAAGCUCUUAAGUGGUCAGGAAAAUGAUUUCCAUUGCCAUUCAAAUUUGUAUCGAGCGAUAAAAGAUUUCGGCGGUGAAGAGACAGAUGUGCAUGACGUUCUAAACAUAUUUCAGGUAACAGGCCUAAAUGAAAAUGAUCAGUAUUUCAUGGAAACAUGCCCCGCGGGGGAAAAUGACUAUUUUGAGUUUUUCUGCGAAGUAGACCUGAUUUGUGCAAUUUCUGCUUGUCCUGGAGGCGACCUUUCUAAUUGGGGGUGGGGUGAAGGUGGGGUGUCCGAUAAUUGCGCAAAUGUUGCGGAUAUGACAUCCGUCUGCAGGCCGCUCAAGGUGGAGGUAUUCGAGCUGAAUGAUCCGGGUGUUUUGAUCGAUUGGAAGCCACCAAAGCCAGUAAAAUAUUGUGGUAACCACGGCCUCAGCUCAUAG